CAUGUGCAUGCUAUAUUUUUUCUGUUGUUUUAAGAGAGGGUCUUGUUAUAUAUAGGCCAGUCUGACUUUGGACUUGGGCUUGGAAUCCUUUGGUCACAGUUCCUCAUGCCUUGGGAUUAUAGGCAUGCUGUGUGUUCUCUUGCUUUUGCCUAAAUGUUUCUCACCUACAGUUAGUUGGUUGACUCUAUGGAUGUUCAACUUUGAAUACAGAAGCUCAGCUCUGCCCUGUCUGCUUUAUAUAAAAAGUUACAUUUUAAUUAGUGGUGGAUAUAAAAAUAUAAAAGUAGCUUUGACAGUGUUUACCUUUGUUAGGUUGUAACAAAGUGCUAUAAAUUAGGUAGGUAGACAGCAUAAUUUUUUUUUCAUAAUUCUGGAGGAUGAAAUUCAAGAUCAAGGGCCUCCCAAGGCCUCACUUAUAGCUUGCGACUGUCACCUCUUGUAUCCUCAUGGUCUUUCCUCUUUGUGUGUUUUCCUUAACUCUUUUUUUUUAUAUUUAUUUUUAUAUAUAAGUACACUGUAGCUGUCUUUAGACACACCAGUAGAAGGCAUCCGAUCCCAUUACAGAUGGUUGUGAGCCACCAUGUGGUUGCUGGAAUUUGAACUCAGGACUCUGGAAGAACAGUCCGUGCUCUUCACCUCUGAGCCAUCUCUCUAGCCCCUUCCUUAAUUCUUUUAAGAACUCCAGCAGUCAUCAUCAAUUAGGAUCACCUUAUGACUGCAUUUUAUUGGUCACUUCAGUAAAGAUCUUGACUUCUGAUAUACUUACAUUCAGGGGUAUUCAGGUUUGGGGCACAGUCUAUUUGAAAGAGUAAAGCUGCAGCUGCAUGGUAGGAUUUCUUUGGUGGAAGUGUCACUUUUGAUAAAGGUGUCACAGGGUGGAUAUAGCAUGUAGUCAGUUAAACAUGGUUGGUAUGAUUUAGGAUUUAAAAUGUAGAUUAAACAAACAUGAAUUACAUUGAAAUUUAAAUGGUCAUAUAUGGCUGGUGGCUACUAAUUGGGCAGUAGAGAUAAACAAUUAUAUUUCUACCAGUGAAAAUUCUACUUUGUUUGCUGGCAUAUUCUAGACGUACUCCCACAUGAGGUGACUUUGUUUUUAGUGUUGCCUUCCAUUGUGAUGGAGUAUAAGGUAAUAAUUGUAGCUCGUAGUAACUGUUACAAGGUGAUUCACAAUUCUUUUCACCUGAGCAACGCAGACCUGUGUGCUGCUCUUAGGGUUCUCUGAGUUUCCCCUGUUAGCUAGAUAGUGCCUAUUGUUUACUGAGUAUAGUUACUUGAAUUGGAACCAACUUGCAUGAUAGAUGGCUCUAUAAGUGGCCAGUGUGACCCUCUCCUUUACAGGAGGGAGGAGAGUGAUGGUGUCUGACGCUGCAGCUGGCAUGGAUUCUAAACUACCGUCCUCAGUACGCAGUACACUUUUGGAACUGUUUGGUCAGAUAGAAAGAGAAUUUGAAAAUCUUUACAUCGAAAACUUAGAAUUGCGCAGAGAAAUUGAUAGUCUUAAUGAACGUUUAGCUGGUGAAGGACAAGCGAUUGAUGGGGCAGAAUUGAGUAAGGGCCAGCUCAAAACAAAAGCCAGUCACAGUACUAGUCAGCUUUCUCAGAAGCUUAAGACCACCUACAAGGCUUCUACCAGCAAGAUUGUCUCCAGCUUUAAGACUACCACAUCCAGGGCCAUCUGCCAGCUUGUGAAGGAGUAUAUUGGCCACAGGGACGGCAUCUGGGACGUCAGUGUUGCAAGGACACAGCCUAUUGUUCUUGGGACAGCGUCUGCCGAUCACACGGCUUUGUUGUGGAGCAUAGAGACUGGCAAAUGUCUUGUCAAAUAUGCCGGCCAUGUGGGCUCAGUAAAUUCUAUAAAAUUCCAUCCCUCAGAGCAGUUGGCGCUUACUGCUUCUGGAGAUCAGACUGCUCAUAUUUGGAGAUACGUGGUACAGCUUCCGACACCUCAGCCUGUUGCUGACACUAGUCAACAGAUUUCUGGUGAAGAUGAAAUAGAGUGCUCUGAUAAAGAUGAGCCUGACCUUGAUGGAGACGUGUCCAGUGACUGCCCUACUGUCCGCGUCCCACUGACAUCUCUCAAAAGCCAUCAGGGCGUGGUUAUUGCUGCUGACUGGCUGGUUGGUGGGAAACAAGUGGUGACAGCCUCAUGGGACAGAACCGCCAACCUGUAUGAUGUGGAGACAUCUGAACUUGUUCAUUCUCUGACAGGGCAUGACCAGGAGUUAACACAUUGUUGCACUCACCCCACCCAGCGGCUCGUGGUGACCUCCUCCCGUGACACAACUUUCCGUCUCUGGGAUUUCAGGGACCCUUCCAUCCACUCUGUGAAUGUUUUCCAAGGACACACGGACACUGUGACCUCUGCUGUGUUCACUGUGGGAGACAACGUCGUUUCAGGCAGUGAUGACCGCACAGUAAAAGUCUGGGAUUUAAAAAAUAUGAGAUCUCCAAUUGCAACAAUUCGUACAGACUCUGCCAUUAAUAGGAUCAAUGUAUGUGUUGGGCAAAAAAUCAUAGCUCUCCCCCAUGACAACCGGCAAGUGCGGUUGUUUGACAUGUCAGGCGUGCGACUGGCACGGCUCCCCCGGAGCAGCCGACAGGGUCACAGACGAAUGGUGUGCUGCUCAGCGUGGAGUGAAGACCACCCCAUAUGCAAUCUGUUUACCUGUGGGUUCGAUAGGCAAGCUAUUGGUUGGAACAUCAAUAUUCCUGCACUGUUACAAGAAAAAUAAGUCACUGAUGUUCCUUAGCUCGAAGUUUGCCAUGGACUUUUGAUUGAUGCAGGCUCUUCUGCAUAUUAAUCAGCCAUUUUAGUGAGCGUUUGACCCUGGGAAGGGUGCCUUGUAUAUGUUCUUUUCACAUUGUGCCCAGCUUGCAUGAAGUGUACAGAGAGAUGUGUGAUUCUGUUUUUAUUUUUGUCUUGUGUAUAUUGGCAUCCUCUGGUCAGUAGAAGUGAAGCUCACCUCCCACGUAGCAUACACAAUGCUUUGAGUUCUUGAUGCUGAGGGAUGAGCAGUAGGGCAUUACGUUACAUUGUAUGAAUCCAAUGUGAACUGUGUAUCCGUGUCUGGAGUAACUGCACAACUGCCUUGUCCUGGGAAGACUGCAGAGCUCAUUCGCAUAGGCUAGCAAGAGGCAGGACAGACGGAUUUUGUACUUGGUUUAUGUGAAGUUGUAGAAUGCGCUGUCGUGUAAUUCCAUUUCAACUCUUGAUUUCUGUUCCAGUUCUGUAAAAGUAACCUGGAUUUGCAACGUUUGUGCAGAAUUUCUUUUGAGAAGAAAAUGUUUCUGCUAUUUUAUAGAAAAUUAUUUCAAUCUCUUGAGGUCUCAUACAAGCAAAUUUUAAAAUACGAUUAUUCUAAUCACUGAUUUUAGACAUUAAACAAAAUUCAAAGCACUUUAAUUUAUAGCUGUGGUUAUAAACAGUUUUUAGAAGUUUCAAAUGAUUUAUCCAUUGAAUGUGACUUGACCUUUAUACAAAGGCCCUGCUACCUGAAGACAAAAUCUUAUUUAUUUUCUACAUCUUUAGUUUUCAUAUUUUUAAAUGGGUUCACUUCCUUGGUGGUGUUUGAGAGCCAAGAAUGCAAAUAAAUGAGCACUACCUCAAAAUAAAUAUUGGGAAACCUUUGGAGUCUCACUGCUGCCUGGAUAAGCACUUGCUUUAAAGCUGGAAUACUGACUUCAAGGUAGAAGGAGAAAGACAACCAUACCGUAUGUACCUUGACGGUGAAAGGCUCUCUAGGUAGCCGGAAGGUGAUAUCAGAUAGUUCACAGGUCUUGAGCAGCCUGGAGACCUCUUAAACCAGUCCUUCUACUGCAUGAGUGAGCCUUUGUUCUCGCCUUCUAGAGAUCACUGUUCAUCUGAUGUUCGUGAGUUUGUGUUUCGUACAGAGUUACAGUUUUGAUAAAGAGACAUCUCAGUUACUGCCCCUCGUAUCUUAAUCCUGUCCAUACUGCCCUUUGGAGAGUGACCGUCUAGGGAGAAGAGGAGUGAUGUAUGCUGUUAUGGUUACCUCACCUCCUGCCCUCCCCUAGCCCUGGUUCUCUCUCGGGUGGCACAGGAGGGCAGCUGAACUACUCAGUGGUAGGAAUCGGCUGUAAGAUGUGUAAUGUGUAACUUUCCACGACUGGGAACUUGGUCAUUGGCAUCUUUGACUCGGGCGCCAAAGUUGCUGAUCUUAGGAACUUUGUGUCUGACUCAUUUAGAGAGAUUCUUUGAGUAAUUUUGUUUUUUCAACUUAAAAAAAAAAAAAAAAGAGGUUGUAUUUUUAAAGUCUGACCUUUUCUGAUGACAAGUCUCACCACGGCGUAUUUGAGAGCUGAGUCAGGCUGGUCACUGUAGAUGACUAGAGUUUUAAGAGCCAGCUCUGGCUGUCUUGAAUGUAUUUGCUUGAUGGUGGAGUACUGUAUGAUGAUGUUCCUAGUGGCCUACUUCACAGCCACUGCAGGUUUCUGUAUCCCCUCCAGUCCACUCUCUUCAGAGUUGUUAAUGUCGGUGACAAGCCACAUUCUUCUGUUCUUGGCAUCUUAAUCUGAAGGUCGAGGUAUAGUUAGGAGCAUUGAGAAUGUGCAUGCAAAUGGGAGCAGCAGAGUCAAACAGAAGACCUACCCGAUAGUCUUGGAGCUUUAGAAAUCGUUCCUGGUGACCAUCGACUUGUGUGCAGUCCAGUGAUCUUCACUGCCAGUGGCUGCUUGUUUUCUUUGGCUAACUGGAGGGACCAGCCUCUGACCCAGAAUCGAGGCUCCUCACUCAUUCCAUGAGGGCAGAAGACCCUAAUGGUGCUCGAUGAGAGCUCAGGAGCGGGAUGUGACUUCUCUUAGCUGCUGUUCGUCAUCUGUUCUCAUCACACUGCUGCUGUGACCACAGUGCUAUCUUUAAGAGUUCGUGACUGGCACGGGCGUGGGCUCAUGAAUGUUGUAGGCUGGUGUGCAUGUGGCUAACAAUAAGUCAAGCUGUCAGCCACAAGUCCUCUUAUCAGAAGUAGUGUUUGGAACUAUUAUGUGCUGGAGUGUCCAGAAUUUCACUUAAUAAUGGAGGGGAAAUAUGUGGUUACUAAAUGUGCAUUAAUACAAAAUUUCCCAAGAGAUUUGUUGAACAGAAUAUCCCAGCCCCCACCGUAACCGAUGCAUACUGAUUUCUGUAGAGUGGAAAAAACUUUGUACAUAUUUGGGAAUCUGAAGACUAUGUAAAUCACUUGUUACUUAAAUCUGUGAAAAAAGGUUGUAUUUUGUUUUGUGGUUUUUUUUUUUUGAGGGAAAAGUGCAUUUAUAAGUGUUCUGUGGAAUCAGUUAUCCUUACUGUAUUGAUGUAACUGUUUGUAAACGUUCAGUGUCUUCAUUGAAAUACGAAGUUCAUUAAAACCUCUGUGUUCCAUAAUUACUAUUAUAAAGA